AUGUUCAAGUCUGUGCAUCUCAAAGAGCGUCCUCAGUCGACCAUCACAAGCAGCACAUUUGAGACGCGCACAAACAAGCCGCUCUCAGCUGCUGACCUUAAAGAUGGUGAGCUACUUCUUCGCGGUUCCGUGUACUCGCUCGACCCAGCCAUGCGCGGCUGGCUGAAUGAUGCGCGCAGCUACGUACCUCCUGUCAAGAUUGGCGAGGUGAUGCGUGGUUCUGCCAUUUCUGAAGUAGUGGCAUCCAAGUCGGCCGAGUACAAGGCCGGCGACUAUGUCCUUGCUACGACCGGCUGGACAGAGUAUGCCACCAUCAAGGCAAAACACGUUGAGCCUCUCAAGCUGGUGGGCAAGCACGGUAUCGUCCCUGGAGACUACCAAAGCGUGCUUGGCAUGACUGCUCUGACUGCCUACUUUGGCAUGAUCAAUUGUGGCCGCAUCGCAGACAAGCCAAAGGGCUCAACCGUUGUCGUCUCAGGAGCCGCUGGAGCAACAGGAAUCAUGGCUGGUCAGAUUGCCAAGAUUUAUGGCAUGAGAGUCAUCGGUAUUGCUGGUGGAAAGGAGAAGUGCGAGUUCCUGAAGGCGAAUGGAUUCGACGAGGCUGUUGACUACAAGUCCAAGACUUUUUACAAGGAUCUUUGCAAGGUCACGCCAAACUUUAUCGAUUUCUUCUUCGACAACGUCGGUGGAGAAGUCCUCGACAAUUGCUUUAAGAGGGCUGCUUUCAAGAGCGUGUUUGUCAUUUGCGGCGCGGUCUCUCAGUAUCUGAAAGCUAAGCCCGUUGGCCCGGCGUAUUACACAAACAUCAUUUCGCAAAGGAUCCGUAUGGAGGGUUUCAUCGUCUUCGACUAUGAGAAGGAGUACGACAGCGCGCGCGAGAAGCUUGCUGAGUGGUACUCGCAGGGUAAGCUCACGAAGCAAGAGCAUGUCGUGAAGGGUUCCGUUGAGCAGCUUCCGCAAGCAUUGCAAAUGUUGUUUGACGGCAAGAACACGGGAAAACUCGUUGUGCACGUAGAUAGAGCCAGUAAGGCUAAGCUUAGUAAGCUCUAG